AUGCACAUUUUACAGGAAACUCCAUUAGGAUAUGCUUUACUUAAAGAUAAGCCUUUAGAACUGGAAUUUCUUGCUAGUUUUAAAGAUGCUAAUGAAGCUGCCCUGGCGGUUGAUACGCCGAAUCUUCCCCAGACUUUAAUCGAUCUAAUUCGUACUAAGAAGAUUAGCCGGAUUGUAACUAGUCCCUCUUUAGUAGCUGGAUUUGUGGCGGGACUGAGUAGUGCCGGGGUAGUAAGUGCGGAAAUUAGUGGGGAUUUAGAUAGUACUAUGGAAAGAGAGAUUAAACAACGUUUGCCUGAACUCUUAGGAGUAAGUGUGCAAACACUGGACAGAUCGGCUUUACUGCUAGCUCAUGCAGUGGCUCGGAAGCGUUUGCAAGCGGCUGCUUUAUGUCCGGACUUAGUAGUAGUGCAGGGGGCGCGGGCUUUAGACCGAUUAGAUACGGAUAUUAACAAGAAGUGUAUGCGGAUUAGGGAGUGGCACGGCAUGCACUUCCCAGAGGUCAGUGAAAGUACACCGGAUAAUUGGGAGUUCUUAGUACGCGUAGCUGAGCACUUAGCUGGUGGAGAGGCUGGUGGAGUAAGUGUAGGAGGAGAGAUGGACAGUGAAGAUGCGGCCGUACUAAGUGCAGCAGUUGAGGAGGCUAAAGGUAUGUUUGUAGCUCGGGAGAAGUUGCAGGGGCAUUUAAGACGACGAAUGGGAGAGAUAGCUCCUAACUUAACUGCCUUAGUUGGUGAAGGUUUAGGCGCUCGUUUAAUUGCGGCGGCUGGAUCUUUAGCUGAACUAGCUGGGAAAGCUGCUUCAACUAUUCAAGUAAUGGGAGCGGAAAGAGUCUUAUUUAAAGCCUUGCGUGAGAAGGGGAAGACGCCUAAGUAUGGGGUGGUGUUUAAUGCGGUGAGUGUAGGAGCUGCUCCUUUAGCGGCUAAAGGUCGGAUUGCUCGUACUUUAGCUGCUAAGAUAGCUUUAGCCGUGCGAUGUGAUGCAGCGGGUGAGUGUGCGGAUGGUAGUUUUGGACGGAAAGCCCGGGCGACAGUAGAAGCCCGACUUGAGGAUGCUAAGUCCCGCAAGCCAGCUGCUAAAUCCCGACAUACCAAAGGACCAGUUGGCCGACGAUAA